AUGGAAGUCGAUAAAAACGGCGGGUUUUACAUGAUUGUAAGUACUAGCACCUUUAAAUGUCAGGCAGGCACAAUCACGACAGCACCGGAAAUCAAGGAGAUUACGAAAAUGGAACGCAUUGGCCUCGGUCUUGACGAAUCACUUGAACCUCGUCAGAUUGCGCAAGGAAUGGUUGGUCAGGUUAAAGCACGUAAGGCUGCGGGCGUAAUUUUGCAGAUGAUAAAAGAUGGCAAAAUCGCCGGCCGAGCUAUCCUUAUGGCUGGUCCACCAGGGACAGGAAAAACGGCAAUUGCGAUGGGAAUGGCGCAGGCAUUGGGAAAAGACAUACCAUUUACGAUGUUAGCAGCUUCAGAAAUUUUCUCACUCGAAAUGUCCAAGACGGAAGCUCUCACACAAGCUUUUCGCCGUUCAAUUGGUGUGCGCAUCAAAGAGGAAGCGGAGAUUAUUGAAGGCGAGGUGGUUGAAAUCCAGAUUGAUCGAUCGAUCACAGGCGGCACAAAAACUGGCAAGCUCACUUUGAAGACAACGGAUAUGGAAACUAUAUAUGAGUUGGGUCAUAAAAUGAUAGAUGCUUUAAAUAAAGAAAAGGUUUUGGCGGGUGACGUCAUUACUAUCGACAAAGCAUCCGGCAAAAUUUCCAAAUUAGGUCGCUCGUUCACGCGUGCCAGGGACUAUGAUGCUAUGGGUGCAGAUACCAAGUUUGUGCAAUGCCCAGAAGGCGAAUUGCAGAAGCGCCGGGAAGUUGUCCACACCGUUUCAUUACAUGAGAUUGAUGUUAUUAAUAGUAGAACCCAAGGAUUUUUGGCUUUGUUUUCUGGUGACACGGGUGAGAUCAAAUCUGAAAUUCGAGACCAAAUAAACACCAAGGUUACCGAGUGGAGGGAAGAAGGAAAGGCCGAAAUUGUACCUGGUGUACUUUUUAUUGACGAAGUUCACAUGCUUGACAUUGAAUGUUUCUCGUUCCUGAAUCGUGCUCUCGAAGAUGAAAGAGCUCCUGUGGUCAUCAUGGCAUCGAAUAGAGGUAUCACAAGGAUUCGGGGCACAAAAUAUAAAAGUCCUCAUGGAAUUCCAAUUGAUUUGUUGGAUCGGUUGCUGAUUAUAAGUACAUCACCAUAUGACGAGGAUUCGAUAAGAGAAAUCUUGGUAAUUAGGUAUAGGUUUGGAUGCCAGGAAGAAGAUGUUGCAAUUACCGAGGAGGCCCGAAAUGCUCUGACCAAAAUUGGGAUUGAAACUUCAUUAAGAUACGCAAUUCACUUGAUUACUACUGCGCAUCUUGUCUCGAAAAAACGAAAGGCUAGUAUUGUUGAUGUCAGCGAUAUUAGGCGCGUAUAUGAACUCUUUUUAGACGAAAAAAGAUCAGUGAACUACUUGCGAAAAUUCCAAGAACAAUAUAUGUUCAAUGAAAUUCCCGCGAAUGAAGAAAUGGAAGGAGUGGAAAAUAUCGACGCAAUGGAGGUAAUUGAGGACAAACCGAACAAUGAAACUUGGAAUAUUGACGAUUUGUUUGCCAACACUUUUAUAAACGUCAAGAAAUAA